AUGAAAACCCUCACGCAUGAGGACUACACCGUAGGGUGGAUAUGCGCCCUGCCAAUCGAAAUGGCCGCGGCCAAGGCAAUGCUGGACGAGCCUCACGCCAAACUGUCCCAAUCCGCCCAAGACCCCAACACGUACUCGGUCGGGGCCAUUCAGGGACACAACGUCGUCAUCGCCUGUCUCCCAGCGGGAGUGUACGGCACGACGUCGGCCGCUGUCGUCGCCUCGCACCUCUCCAUCACGUUCCCCGCCAUCCGGUUCGGACUGAUGGUCGGCAUCGGCGGCGGCGUGCCCAGCAAGAGCGCCGACAUCCGGCUGGGCGAUGUCGUGAUCAGCAAGCCCACGGGCCAUUACAGCGGUGUUGUGCAAUACGACUACGGCAAGACGGUCAGCGGCGGCGUCUUCGAGCAGACCGGAUCGUUGAACAAACCGCCCUCGGUGCUGCUGACCGCGAUUGCAGACCUGGAAUCCAACCACCUCCUGGGCAAGUCGCAGAUUCCGCAGUUCCUUACCAAGAUUGUCGACGACUACCCGGACCUCGAGCAGUUUGUCUACCCCGGAGUGGAGGACGACCAGCUUUUCGCCGCGGAAUACGAACACGUUCCUGCAGAGACCACCUGCGAAGAUUGUGACGCGUCGCGAGUGGUGGCCCGCAAGCCGCGUCGGUCGACGAACCCGCGCAUCCACUACGGGCUGAUCGCAUCGGGCAACCAGGUGAUCAAGCAUGCGUUGACGCGGGAUCGCCUGGGCAAACAAUUUGGGAUUCUCUGUUUCGAGAUGGAGGCGGCGGGGCUCAUGGAUAACUUCCCGUGUCUCGCCGUCCGGGGGAUCUGUGACUAUUCCGAUACCCACAAGCAUAAACAGUGGCAGGCGUAUGCGGCGGCUACCGCAGCGGCGUGUGCAAAGGAUCUGUUGGUGGUAGCGUCGGUGGCACAUACGAAGCAGACGCCGACGGUGCAGAAGAUCCUAUCCCAGGAUGAGUCCGCCUUUCGUCUGCCGUUUGAUAUGGACAGUAUGCCAGCCGUGCAUCAUUUCGUCGGCCGACAGGGGGAUCUCGACGCCCUGUGGACGGAUCUUUCGCCCGAUCAGGGUCAGAUGCGCAAAGUUGUCGCGCUUCACGGACCCAGCGGGAUGGGAAAGUCCCAGUUAGCGCUGCAGUUUGCCCGUUUGCACAAGGACGAUUUCACCGCCGUCGUCUGGCUGGACGCACGUAGUCGCCAGACGGUAACUCGGUCUCUGGCCCGGGUGUACGUCAACCUGCCGGAUAUCAAGACACUUGGGGAGCCUCAAAGCCAGAAAGAGAUGGAAAACCGCGCGAAACAAGUUCUCAAAUGGUUGGAAACGCCAGAGAAUAGCAAGUGGCUGCUCAUAUUUGACAACGUGCCGCAUGCUUUGGGCGAAGGACGUGUUGACGACGAGGGCUACGAUAUCCGGUCGUUCUUCCCGCAGGUGGAUCGGGGCUCAAUCAUCAUAACGGCGCGGUUACUGCAGGCUGGAGAACUGGGGAGGCCUCGUCUGGUGGAGAAAAUGGCUGAAGGCGAGGCGCUGCAGUUGCUGACGGGUGAGUCGGACGCAGUUCUGAAAGUCGGUAAGGAUGGAUGGCGUACUAAAGCAGACCUUCUACGCCUCCUUGGACAACUGGAUGGACGCCCCCUGGCCAUCGUCUUAGCCAGUGCUGUGAUGCGUUCAACUGGGUGGAGCGUGUCGACAUAUCUACAUAGCUAUGAGCAGAUCCAGGCUGAUCUAAAAGUAAAUUCCGGGACACUUCCAUCCUGUGAUCGGGAAUCACUCACUGCCAUCCUUGUCGCCUUCAACCGGACCCGCGACACCGAUCCCGUUGCCGCCAACGUCUUGCGUCUCCUGUCAUACUUUGGCCCUGACCCGGUCUGGUUCGAACUGCUUCAUUCCGGAGCCUCCAACCCGGACAUGCCAGACUGGUUCUGUCGCAUUGUGGCCAGCAAAGGCGCCUUGCGGCCGGCUAUCGACCGCCUCGAAGACCUUGCCUUGAUCGAAACGGACCGCACUCGGGAGACCUACUCGAUGCAUGCGCUCAUUCGUCACGCAUGCCGCCAUGUCCAAAAGAUAUCUACAGCAGAGAAAGACAGGGAGUUCGUGGCCAUCGCCCUGGUAUCUCUCGGGGUGGCCACGUCACAGCUGCCUCUCGGGGAAUCGCAUCUCCAACAGCGACUACUUCCUCAUGUGAACCAGAUGCUGCAAUUGGUGGACCACCGGCCGGAUGAUUCUUACAGUCCAGCAGUGCUGAAAGCCCUCAAUGAGCUGGGUCUGUUCUACUGGAACCAGGGCAAGCCCUCCCAGGCGGCAAGCAUGUUCCACGCCGCCGUCGCAGGCUACGAUCAUCUCGACCAGCCCGACAAGCUCAACGACCCCUCAUUCCUCCUCAGUCUGCACCGCCUGGGUAUCGCCUACCAGAAACAGAACCGGUUCCACGACGCGGAACGCGCCUUCCAGCGGGCCCUGGACGGCUACCGCUCCCUCCGUGGGCCCACCGACAUCUCCACUGUCGAGCUCUCCUCUUGCCUGGCCUCCUGCUACCAGAGCCAGAACAAGCUCGCCGAAGCGGAGAGAUUAUUCUCGCAGGCCCUGCAAGGCUAUGAACUUACGCGCGGCCCACACGACCGCGUCACACUAGUCACGCUCAACCAGCUCGGCGCUGUCUACCACGCCGCAAACAAGCCCGCCGCCGCCGAGACCGUCUUCCAGCGCGCCCUGCGCACGGCAGAGACCCUGCGCGGGCCGAACGACUCCUCCGCCCUCGAAGCCACAUACAACCUCGGCGUGCUGUACCGCACGCAAGGCAGACUGCCCGAGGCCGAGAAGAUGCUGACCCGCGCACUCCACGGCUUCGAGAAGACGCUGGCGCCGGACCAUCUUAGCGCGCUGCGGACGGCGCACGCUCUCGCCCUGGUCUACAAGGACCAGAGCAAGCUAGCUCAGGCGAGAGCGCUGGGCCAGCGCGUGGUGACCGGGCUCAGCGCCGUGCUGGGCGAGUCCGAUAUCCAGACCGCCAACGCGAAGCGGGAUCUCGGGCUGAUCUACCGCGACGAGGGCAAGAUGACCGAGGCCGCGCGGCUGUGCCAUGCGGCGUUCACGACGCUGCAGUCCGCCCUGGGCGACGGGCAUCCGGAGACGCUGAGUGCACUGCGCGACCUGGGCUCGGUGCAUGGGUACUCCGGCAACCCGAUGCGGGCGGAGGAAAUGUGUCGGCGGGCGCUGGAGGGUUUCGAGCGGAGCCCGCUGGGCGCAGACCACGUUGCYACCUUGCUGGCGGUGUACUAUCUGGGCGUGGCGCUGCAGAGCCAGGGGAAGGCCGAGGCUGAAACGAUGCUUGGGCGGGCGCUGGCCGGGUUCGAGACGCGGUUGGGCUCGGAGCAUGUGUUCACACUGAAUACGGUCAAUCAGCUGGGCGAGUGGUACUGGGCCCGGAGGGACCUGGAUGCAGCGGCUCGGAUGUACCGACGGGCGGCGACGGGGUUUGAGCGGACAGUGGGCGCGCGGCAUGUCUGGACCCUGCGGGCGAUGAACAAAUUGGGGUUUGUCUAUGCGCAGUGCGGACGGCCGCAGGAGGCAGAGACAAUGUAUCGACAGGCGUUGACCGGGUUCGAGGGCAUUCUGGGACGAGACGACGCGGAGACGCAGCUGGUGGCUACGCGAUUGCGGUCGCUAGAGCUGGAUCCGGAGACGCCUUCGGCGCAGGGUAGUUUGGCGAUAUCCACAGGGACUGCAUGA